AUGUCCCAAGGAUCUUCACAAUUCAGCUUCAGUUACAUUUUCAAGCACACGAAAGGUCCCGUCAGGAAUCACAAACACAGCAUCAUGAAAGCUAUCUUCGCUCUCCUCGCCAUCUGCGCUGUUGCUUAUGCCAAGCAGCCCUCUGCACCCUGUUGCUGCGACUCAGGGUCAGGCUGCGAAGACAGAUGCUUCGAGGACUGCCUUGCUGUCUUCCCCGAGACUGUCGGUGUCUGCUUCGAGGUCCCCUCCACCUGCUGGUGUUUCUACGAUGGAUGCCCGAAUGCCAUGGCUAAUAAGACUAACUUCGUCAAUGUGCUCAAGGCCCACUAAAUCCUGAUAGAUUGUCCCUUUCAUCGCCCCUUUUUUUGCUGCUUGGCGGUGAAUAAAGCUUGAUAUCACCCAAU